AUGGUAAGAAAUAGUGAAAUAACAUUGGAACAAAUAUUUAAAGAAGGUAGAAUCAAUCUUGAAAAUGAUGAUUAUAAUUGUGUAAUUUGUUCAUUUCCAUUAUUUGAUGGCUUACAAUGUAAAAGGGGUCAUGGUGCUUGUAAAUCUUGUUGGGAAAAAAUUAUUGGAGAAAAUGGUAAAAAAGAAUGUCAUUCAUGUAGAAUAUCAAUUAAAAGUUUAGAUGAUUUAUCAAAGAAUUUAUAUUUAGAAAAAGAAAUUUUCAAACAAAAAGUAGCAUGUUUAAAUAAUGGUAGAGAGAAAUUUGGAAAUACUUUAGUAAUUAAAAGCGAUGGUGGUUGUAAGAGACAAGAUAUACCAAUUGAAAAAUUAUUACAUCAUAUAAAAAAUGAAUGUGGUUAUCUUUUAAUUGAUUGUAAAUAUAGUAGAGAUUGUAAAUAUUAUAAACAAAUAUCAUUAGAACAACAUCAAAACGAAUGUCAAUUCAUGUCAAUCCAUUGUCCAGCUCUAUGUGGUAAAAAAGAUUCAAGAAUGAAUAUAAAUAAACAUUUAGAAACUCCAAAUUCAUGUAAACCUUUAAUUUCAAUAAAUAAUAGUAAUAAUAGUAAUGGUAAUGGUAAUGGUAUAGAUGAUGAGAGUAUAAUUAAAUUAAGUAAUUCAAUAGUUGAGAUUCAAAAGAGUUAUCAAAAUCAAAUUAAAAAAAUUAAAGAGAAUUCGGAAUCAGAGAUUGCAGCUUUGAAAGAUUCUUUGUAUUAUUCAAAGAGUAGAAUUAAGAAUCUUGAAGAUGAGGUAGAGGAAUUGAAAGAUAGAUUUUCAACAUUGGAAUCAAUGAUUAAUAAAUUGGAUGAUAGUGCAACUAGUCGUUCUGGUACAAUUUUAAUUAAUGGUUGGAAAAUGAAAUUGAAAUCAUUGGAUGUUGGUCAUUCAAUAGUUGAAGAGCAAUUUUAUAUUGGUACUAAUAGAUUCUAUAUAAGAAUAUAUCCAUUUGGUGAUAGUUAUGAUAAUCAAGGUUAUGUAACUGUGAAAUUGGGUAGAAUAGAUGGUGAGGAAUAUCAUUUAGAUAUUGGACUCAAAGUUUCAAUCAAAGGUUUUGAUAAUAAAAAAAAAGUAUUAUUAAGUUAUUAUCCUGGUGAUAUUGCUCAUAACAUUGAUCAACUAGUUGAAACUUGGGAAACUUCAAAAGAAUUUAAAAUGAUUUUACAUUUUAAAGUUGAUUUAAAACCAAAAAUUAAAUAA